CGGCUAUGUCGACAAGCGUUAAUCGCUAUUCCUUCAAGCCAUCUUGAUUAGCUUGCCCAGCGACCAUCGACAACCUAGGAAGUACUGUCUAUUGUCUCUCAAAUCCAUUUCAUGCCAAUCCUAGUUACUAAGUUCGGGGAAGUGUCUCUUGCAUGCAACAUAGUAAUUCCUCUCACGAUCGCAUCUAGAAUAUCGAAAGGCCGCCUCGCCAACAUUUCCCGCAUGCAAUCACUCAGGUUGCAGCACUACAACCUAGGAUCAACAACUCAUAUGCCAGAAAGCUACUCUCCGAACAUCAGCUGUAGAGAACCCAGCUGAAAUCUCAGCUGUAGAGAACCGAGCUGAAGCCUCAGCUGUGCAGGGCUCAUCUGAA